AUGGUGGAUUCAUGUUCAGAGUUCAGCAAGGAAGGAAGGUCUAUUGCACCAACCCCACCUGCUUCUCCUUUCAGUAAAGAUAACGGUGCAUUCUCCAUUGGCUCAGUUUCAUAUUCUCCAUAUAGCUUAGAGGGAGUCGUUAUACCUACAGCACACGAACAUAUCCUGGAAUCAGAGUACUUCCGCAGGAGUCUUGUGAACCCAUUCUCAGAGAGGUUUUUGUACACCAACAGCUCUCCUAGAGGGCCUACUUGGUCUUGUCUAGACGACGUUGUUCUUAAGGAGAAAUAUUACCCCAGCCCUUCGAAGAAGCUGUUUAAAUCGAGAGAAGGUCUGAAGGGAUUGAAGCUCAUACUGAUGCACAACUAA